ACGAUGGAGCGGCUACUUAUUUGCAUUUUCAUUAUAUUGUGCUUUAUUUCUGCAAGUAUUGGGAGAAAAGGAUUCGGUCCUGGAGAACAAGAAUGGGGCUAUGUUCAAGUACGUCCCUAUGCAAAUAUGUUUUGGUGGCUUUAUUAUACUACGGCAGACGUUAAAUCAUAUUAUGACAAACCGCUAGUCAUCUGGUUACAAGGUGGACCAGGCGGAUCUUCGACUGCGUAUGGAAAUUUCGAAGAACUAGGGCCUCUUGAUACGGAUUUAAAUCCAAGAAAUUACACUUGGGUCAAAGAUUACAAUAUCCUCUUCAUCGAUAACCCUGUUGGUGCUGGCUUUAGUUACGCUCAAAACAAGUCACAGGGUAUGGUUGAUACGGCAGAUUUUAACGAAAUUAACGCUGCGGCAAACAGCACAAAAGAUAAAAUAGAAAAAGGCCAAUGGACAGAGGCACUUAUUGAUUGCUCUUACACACAAGCUAUCAUUUCAGAAAAAACUUGCAACGUUGACGUUUAUAAUAUUUUAACAAAAAAGAAAUGUAACUCUUCUUUAGUAUCGCCGCAAAAUGUAUUGCUUUUUGAUGAAGAUAUGUAUCGAAAUUUUGUUCAAAUUGAGACUCAGUCACUUGAAAGUUUGAUGAAUGGCCCAGUAAAAAAAGCGCUCGGUCUUAACGUCACUCAUGGUAACCAAUCUCAAAUAGUUCGCAAAAGCUUAAUAGAGGAUAUUAUGAAGCCUGUUACUAAUAUAGUGGACGAAUUACUUAAUGAAACUAACUUGAACGUAUUCGUAUACAAUGGGCAAUUGGACUUAAUUAUCGAUACACCAGGCACUCUUCUUUGGGUCGAAAAACUAGAAUGGGCACAGUGGUGGAAAUGGUUGCCGAGGGAGCCGCUCCUCUCUGAAGAUGGCUUCCUCGAGGGCUCUUUGAAAUUUUUGGAUAAGUUCUGUAUGUACUGGGUGCACAGAGCCGGACAUAUGGUUCCGAAAGACAAUCCAGCAGCCAUGAAAGUAAUACUACAGAACCUGACAAACAAUGCAUACAACUAAACAAAAGCAAAAAUUAGCUUUUAUAUUUGUAAAUAUAAAAACUAAAUGUGUAAUUUUGGUGAUGUUACACUCAAAUUAUAAAAAUUAUUUUAUCCAUUUUUCAUAAAGUUAAGAAAAGAAGCAAACAUAUUUAUGCAGUUUCGAUGAUGCAAUUGUUAAAAAACAAUUCUGAUUAUAUUAUCAUAUGAUAAAUUAAAAUUGUUAUAUAAUUUAUAUUAUAUAUAAUUGACACGUUUUAUACUUUAGUAUAUAAUCGUUCGUAUAUGCCUAAUUUACAUUACUUCUAACUUUUUAUCUCUUAGACAUAUUGUUAAUAAAUGAUUUAUAUUUAAUAGCGCA